CCGGAACUAAAUAUUCUCAAACUGAUCUAAGGCUGCAUGGUAGUUUGAAUAACAAAAUGGCAAGCUUCGAGUUAAGAUCGUGGGAACUAGCCUGCUACACUCUUAUUCUUAUAUUUGGCGUGCUUGGAAACUCGACUGUAAUUCUAGUGAUCAGAAAAAGUGGUAGUUCACCAAAGUAUCGAUUUCGAGAAGUUCCAUUCAAUGUCUACCUAAUGGCAUUAGCCAUAGUCGAUUUGGCUUUGUCUGUAGUAUGUCUACCUGUCUACAUUAUGAGCACGAACGCUUUUCCUCAUCCUACAGGAGUGGGAGGCGAUAUAUUUUGUAAAUUAGUAACUGGAAACUUGCCUCAGUUUUGGCUGGCAGGAGUAUCUAUUUAUAUACUGGUUGCUAUCAGCUUCGAGAGAUAUGCAGCAAUCACGAAACCUUUCAAAACACGAUUGGGUACAACGACGAAGAACUAUGUAUAUAUUGGUCUAGCGUGGUUCUUUGGGUUUGCAAGGGAGCUUCCAGUUUUAGUUGGAAUUCGCUACACAGCUACAAAUGCAACGGUGGGAACCAGUUGUUACUAUUGGCCUAAGCAGUUGCCAAACAUAUUCAUAUUCUCGGUUCUGUUCAUCAGCCAAUACAUACUCCCAGCUGGGAUUUUUCUUGUAAAUUUUUAUCGUAUAAAGAAACGUUUAAAUCGGCUACAUUCAACGUUAAAAACUGCCCUAGGAGACGAAAGACAACGGCUAAAAAUAGUGAAAAGCAAAGCGAGGUCUAUAAGAAUUAUAUUUAUAGUGCUGGUGACGUUUUUGAUAUGCUGGACUCCGAAUAACAUUAUGUAUCUUUUAUUUCAAUAUGGCGACGUGUCCAAUGUCAGAUGGAGUUCGGAUUACUAUCAGUUCGGAAUAAUUCUAGGAUUUUCAUCGUGUUGCCUGAAUCCAUUUUUAUACGCAUUUCAGAGCAAGGAUUUUCGACGUCAUUGUAGAAAGGUUUUCAAGAAAAUUUUCAAGCGUCGCAGUACCGAAAGACGUUCAAGCCAGAGCUUUGCUUCCUCGAUUCAAUUGUUGAUACGAAGUCGAAGAUCAUAUGAUCGUGCAGUGAAAACUUCAGACACAGAGUGCUUUAAUGAUAUUCCUAUGGAUUAAUAAACUUUAUUUAAUGAGGGAAGGGAGGAUUUCUACUUUCAGAGAAAUAUUUCGUUUAAUUUAUUUUGAAUUGUGAUCAUUCGAAUAUAAAAAUAAAUUUUGUCUGAGCCGAGAAAAUCAAUGUUAAAGUUUAUGUAAAUCAACAUGAAUCUGUAUCACAUGUACAGAUACGACACGCUUAUGAUUUUUCUUUGUGUUUUCUCAUGAAUUAUUAAUGAGUUUUUAAUGUACUAUUUAAAAAACGAGCAUGAGUGUUUUAUUAGGUUUAAAGCCACGAGCGCGCAGCGCGAGUGGCUUUAGACCUAAUAAAACACGACCCGCGAGUUUUUUAAAUGACUUCAAAAACGUAUGCAUAAUAAGUCAAAUCUUUAUAUAAAAAUCUUUAUAUAAAAAUCUUUAUAUAGUUUGCAUAACAAUGGUCUUUUGUUAAAGUGUUCUUUUGCUGGUAUAAAGACGUAUGCACGUGACUAAUUUCUUACUCAAGAUUGGAUAAUUGCUUCAUGAAUUAUUAAUGAGUUUUUGAAAACUAUUUUAAUACUAUUUUAAUGACUUAUUGAUAGAUGUCCGUUAGGAUGAUAUUGUACUUUGUACAUUAAUUAUUCUUGUUUAUAGUUGUAAUAUAGUCUAUGAGGGCCACUAAUUUAUUAGUAGCUCACGCUUACUGUCAUGUGUUACCCUCGGUAAAUAAAGUCAAUGAAAAUUUCAUUAUGAAAUGAAAUGAAUAAUAUAUUGUGG